AUGUCUGUUGCAAAGGAAUUCGAAGCAGCUAAUGCCAAUUAUGUCGCAUCUUUCACCAAGGGUGACUUGCAGCUACCCCCACAGCGAAAGGUAGCCGUGGUGGCUUGCAUGGACGCACGCCUUGACCCUGCCCGCGCCCUUGGUCUUGAAGAAGGCGAUGCCCAUGUAAUCCGCAAUGCUGGUGGGAGAGUCUCAGACGCCCUGCGCAGCAUCAUCAUUUCGCAGCAGCUGCUCGGAACUCGUGAGAUCGUCAUCGUGCACCAUACAAAUUGUGGAAUGCUCACUUUCACCGACCAGGUAAUUAGAGACAAGAUCCGUGUGGAUCUACACCAGAAUGUCGACCACAUUGCGUUUCUACCAUUCGGGGAUCUCGAGCAGAGUGUUCGGGAUGAUAUUCGGCUAUUGAAGGAUAGUCCUCUUGUUUUGGAUGUCCCCAUUACAGGAUAUGUGUAUGAAGUUGAAACUGGGAAGAUUGUCCAGAUUGCGGAGAAUCAGUAA